CAGGUGAUUGGAGCCCUUGUCCUCGCAGUUGGGAUUUAUGCAGAAGUUGAAAGACAAAAGUACAAAACUCUAGAAAGUGCCUUUCUAGCCCCAGCAAUUAUUUUAAUACUUUUGGGCAUUAUAAUGUUCCUUGUAUCUUUUGUGGGUGUCCUGGCUUCUUUGAGAGAUAAUCUAUGCCUUCUUCAAGCAUUCAUGUACAUUCUUGGUAUCUGCUUGCUGAUUGAGCUGACUGGCGGGGUGGUGGCCCUGAUCUUCAGAAACCAGACAAUCAACUUUUUGAAUGAUAAUAUUAGAAGAGGAAUUGAGAAUUACUAUGAUGAUUUAGACUUCAAGAAUAUAAUGGAUUCUGUUCAGAAGAAG